GGAGAAGGAGAGGGCUCAAGGGACCGUCUGUCGCGGGACAGGCUGGCCAGCUCGGUCGCUGGGAGGAGGAGGCAGGGGCUGAGGCAGCGGCGGCGGCAGUGUCUGAGCGGUAGCAGCAGCAGUAGCAGCAGAAACAAGUACCAGCCAGACAACAGCUCCUCCGGCUCCAGCAAGCCACAGUCAGUCCCCUGGCCGCGAUGGCGCUGACAAGCCCGGCGAGCGAAGAAGCUGAGGGGCCCUGUCAGGAGGCAAACCAGGACUAUCAGGAGACGGUGUGUAGUCCUGUGCCCGAGCCGGAGCCUGAGCCCGAGCCGGAGCCUGAGCCCGAGCCAGUCCCAGUGCCCCCGCCCGAGCCUCAGCCUGAGCCUGAGCCCCAGCCCCUACCAGACCCUGCACCCCUGCCGGAGCUGGGCUUUGAGGCUGAGCCAGUGCAAGAAUCAGAGCCCACGCCCACAGUGGAGACCCGAGGCACCGCGCGUGGCUUCCAGCCUCCUGAAGGUGGCUUCGGCUGGAUAGUGGUGUUUGCAGCCACCUGGUGCAACGGCUCCAUCUUCGGCAUCCAUAACUCUGUUGGUAUCCUCUACUCCAUGCUACUAGAGGAGGAAAAAGAGAAAAAUCGCCAAGUGGAGUUCCAAGCAGCAUGGGUAGGAGCCCUCGCCAUGGGCAUGAUCUUCUUCUGUUCUCCCAUUGUGAGUAUAUUCACUGACCGUUUGGGCUGCCGGAUCACAGCUACCACUGGGGCUGCUGUUGCUUUCAUUGGCCUCCAUACCAGCUCCUUCACCAGCUCCCUUAGCCUGCGCUAUUUCACCUAUGGGAUUCUGUUUGGUUGUGGCUGCUCCUUCGCCUUUCAACCGUCACUCGUCAUCCUGGGCCACUACUUCCAACGUCGCCUAGGUCUAGCCAAUGGUGUGGUAUCUGCAGGAAGUAGCAUCUUCUCCAUGUCCUUCCCGUUCCUCAUCAAAAUGCUGGGGGAUAAAAUCAAGCUGGCCCAAACCUUCCAGGUGCUGAGUACCUUCAUGUUUGUUCUGACGCUGCUCUCACUCACCUACCGGCCCCUCCUGCCCAGCUCCCAGGACACCCCAAGCAAGAGAGGUGCCCACACCCUGAGACAGCGCUUUCUGGCGCAGUUCAGGAAGUACUUCAAUAUGCGCGUGUUCCGCCAACGCACCUACCGCAUCUGGGCCUUUGGGAUCGCUGCCGCCGCCCUCGGUUACUUCGUCCCCUAUGUACACCUGAUGAAAUAUGUGCAAGACGAGUUCAAGGAAAUCAAGGAGACCUGGGUGCUCUUGGUGUGUAUUGGGGCUACCUCCGGCCUUGGACGUCUUGUAUCAGGCCACAUCAGUGACUCCAUUCCUGGACUGAAGAAGAUAUACUUGCAGGUCCUCUCAUUCCUGCUCCUGGGGCUGAUGUCCAUGAUGAUUCCCCUGUGCCAAGACUUUGGGGGCCUUAUCGUUGUCUGCCUCUUCCUGGGCCUAUGUGAUGGCUUCUUCAUCACCAUCAUGGCUCCCAUUGCAUUUGAGCUGGUGGGACCCAUGCAGGCCUCACAGGCCAUUGGCUACCUCCUGGGCAUGAUGGCCCUGCCAAUGAUUGCUGGACCCCCCAUUGCAGGCCUACUUCGAAACUGCUUUGGUGACUACCAUGUGGCCUUCUACUUUGCGGGUGUACCCCCAAUCAUUGGGGCUGUAAUCCUCUUUUUUGUCCCUCUGAUGCAUCAAAGGAUGUUCAAGAAAGAGCAGAGAGAUUCCAGCAAGGAUAAGAUGUUGUCCCAUGAUCCGGACCCCAAUGGAGAAUUACUGCCUGGCUCCCCAACUCCUGAAGAGCCGAUUUAAUGUCUCUGUCUUGCCAUUGUGUGCUCCUCCCCCACCCCUCCCCUUCAUCCCACCCUGCUCAGCAUUUACAUUUUUUGCCACCAGCACACUUGUUCCUAGACCUGUGCACACAGCAUUUCAGCCACCUAACCAUCUCCCCUGAGCUAAUGCUCUUGGUGUUCCAAACUCAUUAACCAAAUUCUCCCCAUGAAUGCCUUGAAACUUGCCAGGCUCUUCUCCCAGGAUCUGGGAAAUUGUGGGAUCACACCCCUCCCUGGUCUUUGGAUCCUCUCCAUAUACUUUCUAACUCCCUGGGGGGAGGAAGGAGAUGGGACUUCUGGCCCCAGCUUGUUAGUCACCCACUACAAUCAACUGCCAAAGGUGCUACUGUGUCCCCAGAACCCAGUGGGAGAGACCCAAGCCUCUGUUUGCUGAGGAAUUUGUUGCCAUCCAUCCUUGGGAGCUAUUUGGGGGUUGUGGGAAGGAAGGCCAAAAGAGACAAGAGCUUUGUUUUGCAUCAAAGCUCCUGAAAGCUCUGAGGCACCCCAUGAUAUGAUUGGUUAACCAUCUGCUUCCCCUUUCCCUUCCUUUUAUUUUCUCUCUACUGCCCCCUCUCCAUUUUCUUCCCCUCUUUUCCUUUUUAUUACUGUCAUAGACAUAUAGGUGCUUGGAGAAAGGAAGGACCCAGAGCUCCGGCCAAUCAGCCUCAUCUUGGCCCAGACUAUCCUAAAACUAGCAUUAAUCCCGCUCAUCUCAGGCUGAACCAUAUCUCACUUCUGUGCUCAAACCGAUAUUGACUGGAAGAGCAUGCCACUGCAUAGGGACAGGCUCUUAAAUGCUACAGAGCUCUGUGUACCACUCACUGAUUUUGACAUAUUAACCAAGAGACCUUCCUCGCUAUCCAUCCUUGUAGCCACCUGACAAAUGUGAAGGCAACUCCUUUCAUCUCGCCACACACAGGAGGAAUGAUGCCAGUGCACUGGCAUGAUGGUUAACAACCUGGUGAAGGACCAACUCCUCCAUCUCUCAUUGUUCAUCAAUAUUUCCACCUGGGCCAGGCCAGGAACUGAACUGUUUUAGGAAAAAAACAAAACAAAACAACCUCUUUCUGCACCUUGAUCCCACACAGACAUAGGCAGCAACUGCACAUAGAGUUGAACAAUUUCUUUUAGGAAGAGGAAGCCACCCUAGCCUUUAUCACCCAGCCUGCCCCCUAUUCUGGGCAUCCUAGACCACUCUGCUGAGUGGCCAUGAUAGGUGCCAGAAAAAGUAGGCUUUGGACCACCAUCAUCCCUUUGAAGCUGGUGCCAGAUACUUUCCUACACCCAGACUCUGGGCAACAGUCUUACUGAAGUGCAUUCCAAGUGCCCCUGGCCAGAGGCAAAGGGCACUGCCAGCCUUGUCCCGUUGCACAGCUCACCUCAUUAGGAACUCAGCCUCUCUGCUCCCCGUCUUUGUGUGUGUGUGUGUGUGUGUAUAUCCCUGUACCCAACCUUCCAUCAUCUUUUUGCCAGGCAUCCCUGGUUGUCGCUUGCACCCGACAAUAACUUGCCACCCCAAGCCAGGGUCAUCCCAAGGCCAGGAGGAUGAGGCUGCUCUGAGGGGCUCCAAAGAAUACAAUGGUUCCCACACCAUGAGUUUUUCCGUUACUAACAGGCAGCUGGGGCAUAGUUGGUCUCUGAUGUUUCAUUCAAGGCCAAAGUCCUGAGCCCCCCUCUGCUGGUCCCAGUCCAGCUCUUAUCAACUCCCCAAAGGAAAACCCAUUGGUUCUUGGCUCUGAGGACGGGAAGAGGUGGAGUUACUGUCCUGUCAACUCAAGCGUCUGUGGAACAGGAGAAGCUGGGCCCCCAGGAGUCCUGUGACUCCCAGGAGAGGCCGUUGAAAACACUAGAGCAACAAUGUCCCUGCUUCCAUUUCUCCUUGCCCCACUCACUCCAGGCCACUUGGGGGUCGUGGGGGAAUGAGUGUGCAGGGCCUCUUUUGCUCAUGGCUGGCUAGCCGUUAAGAGUCAGGCUGAUUCUCACUUCUCUCUAAAUGAAGGAAAGACUUUCACAGGCCCCAGAUCUGCCCAUUCAGGUGUCACCUACCAUUGGCAGGGUGUCAAUUGACCUUUUUCACGAAUGUGUGUGAGCAUGUGUUGGCUUGUGUGCUUUCCGAAUUUAGUCGAAGCAGCACAGUAUUAAUGUGUAGAGUAGGAAGCACCCUCUUAGGCACCACAGUUAAAAACUAAGAGAACGAACAAAAAUUCAGAGCUUGAGACCUGGGACAUUUAAAUCCUCAAGGGGUUUGGAACAAAAUAAACAGAUCUAAAUGUU